AUGGUCCCACUUGUAGCUCUGGGGCUCCUGAUGGCAGGGAUCUGCCCUGAUCUUAGCUGCCAACAGGAUGCUGAACUGCAGGAAGGCCAAAUAAAUGGCACACAAGUGGAGAGUCUAGCACUGGCCUCAACCAACACUGACUUCGCUUUCAGCCUCUACAAGGAGCUGGCUUUGAAGGAUCCAGGUAAAAACAUCGUCUUCUCCCCACUCAGCAUCUCAGCUGCCUUGGCCGUCCUGUCCCUGGGAGCAAGCAACAACACUCUGCAAGAGAUUCUAGAAGGUCUCGAGUUCAAUCUCACAGAGACCCCUGAGGCAGACAUCCACCGGGGCUUUGGGCAGCUCCUACUCAUGCUCAGCCAGCCAGGGGACCAACUGCAGAUCAGCAUAGGCAAUGCCAUGUUUGUUGAAAAGCACCAGCAGAUCCUGGCAGAGUUCAAGGAGAAGGCAAGGGCGCUGUACCAGGCUGAGGCCUCAAGUGUCGACUUCCAGCAGGCUCAUGAGGCCAAAAAGCUCAUCAAUGACUACGUGAGGAAUCAGACCCAGGAGAAGAUUAAAGAACUGAUCUCAGACCUGGAUAAAGACACAGUAAUGGUGCUGGUGAACUACUUCUACUUUAAAGGAAAAUGGAAGACGCCCUUUGAACCUCGAGAUACUUUAGAGUCCAUGUUCCACUUGAACAACACAAGGUCUGUGGAGGUGCCCAUGAUGAAUAUUAAGGAGCUGAUCACACCCUACUUCCGAGAUGAGGAUAUGUUCUGCACCGUGGUAGAGCUGAUGUACAUAGGCAAUGCCAGCGCCCUGUUCAUCCUCCCUGAUGAAGGCAGGAUGCAGCAGGUGGAAUCCAACCUGAAACCAGAGACCCUGAGGAAGUGGAGGGACUCUCUGAGUUCCAGGAUGAUCGAGCUCUCCCUGCCCAAAUUCUCCAUCUCUACUGACUACAACUUGGAGGGUAUCCUUCCACAGCUGGGCAUCAGGGAAUUCUUCUCCACACAGGCUGACCUGUCUGGGAUCACAGGGACUAAGGACCUGAUCGUCUCUCGGGUGGUCCGUAAGGCUGUGCUGGACGUGGUUGAGACAGGCACAGAAGCAGCGGCUGCCACGGGAGUGGUGGUUAAAACAAAAAUGGUUCCAAUAAUGAAUAUGUUGAAAGUGAAUUUCAACAGGCCAUUCCUGAUGAUUAUCUCAGAUAGAAAUACCCAAAGUUCACUUUUUUUGGCCAAAGUCACAAAUCCCAAGGAAAACUAG